UGUCACUGAAGGGCAAAGUAUUUUGAAAUAGAAACAAAGUUGUUCUCAGCAGCAGUGUGUGGAUCAUGUUAUGAUGUGCAAGGUAAGAUCACCGUCCGCUGCUGCCAAGGGGAGCGCAUCUUCAUCAUAGAUCUCCGUAUGACCUGGAAAAAUUCCCACCACCAGGAAAAUGCUUCCAGAAAACACUACAGAGGACCUUAUCCUGCAACAACACGGCCACCAAGCCGUCCCUAGGCAAACAGGAUGUGGACUUUUUAUUAUCCUUUCUUCAGUCAUAGCGGCUAUAAGUGGACUGCUUGUUGGCUAUGAGCUGGGCAUUAUCUCCGGGGCCCUUUUACAGCUACAUAGCCUAUUGCAUCUUAACUGUCAACAGCAAGAACUAGUAGUGAGUGCACUGUUAAUUGGAGCACUUUUAGCCUCACUGGUUGGAGGAUUCCUUAUAGACUACUAUGGAAGGAGAAUCGCAAUCAUGAUUACGUCUUGUUUACUUGGACUUGCCAAUUUGCUGUUGAUCACCGUUGUAUCCUAUGGAAGCCUUAUUGCAGGACGCAUCAUCAUUGGCAUUUCCAUAUCUUUAUCGGCCAUUGCUACUUGUGUUUAUAUUGCAGAAAUUGCACCUCAUCAUAGAAGAGGCAUGCUGGUGUCUCUAAAUGAACUAAUGAUUGUAGUUGGCAUACUACUGGCCUACAUUUCAAAUUUUCUCUUUGCAACUGUUAGUAGUGGUUGGCAAUACAUGUUUGGACUCAUAAUUCCGUUGGCUGCAUUACAGGCAUUUGCUAUGUAUUUUCUCCCUCCGAGUCCUCGUUUUUUAAUCAUGAAGGGACAGGAUGAGGCUGCUGGCAAAGUUCUUCAGAAACUAAAAGGAACCUCACAGACCAAGGAAGAGCUUACAGCUAUCAAAUCCUCCAUAAAAGCAGAAUACCAGUACAGUUUUUGGGACUUAUUUUGUUCAAGGGACAAUAUGAGAGCACGUCUGUUAAUAGGCGUAGCUCUCAGCUUCUUUGUCCAAAUUACAGGGCAACCCAACAUCUUAUUUUAUGCUUCUACAGUACUGAAAUCGGUUGGCUACCAGAGUGAUGAAGCUGCUAGCCUAGCCUCAACAGGCAUUGGGAUUGUGAAAGUAGUCAGUACAAUCCCAGCAACAUUUUUUGUAGACAGAAUUGGAAGUAAGACUUUCCUCUGUAUUGGGUCUGGUGUGAUGGCAACAUCAUUGGUUACAAUGGGAAUAAUAAGCCUUAACAUUGACAUUAAUUAUAAUAAUAUUUGUAAAACCAGCUCCUAUCUAAACCAGUCCUUUGGGGAUUCCCAAUUUUACAAAUCAGACCUAACCAAAAACAAUCAGUCUCUCCAGAAAGAAUUCAGUGAAUUAUCAACCAGGACAUCUUUACCUCCUUCAGGAAAUGUGACUGAAAUGGACCAACGGACUAUACAGAUGGGACCCGGUCCCUCCCAAGAAACUGUUACAGCACACAGUGUACCAGUAUUCAUGAAAUGGUUGUAUUUAGGCAGCCUACUCAUUUAUGUAGCUGCAUUUUCAAUAGGUUUGGGACCAAUGGCUUGGCUGGUGCAGAGUGAGAUCUUUCCUGCGGGUAUUAAAGGUCGGGCUUUCGCAAUAACUAGUAGCAUGAACUGGGGCAUGAACCUCCUCAUAUCUCUGACCUUCCUUACGCUCACUGAGACUAUUGGCUUGCCGUGGAUGAUCUUCAGUUAUGCUGUAAUGAGCGUAAUAUGUCUUGCAUUUGUUAUAAUGUUUGUUCCUAAUACAAAAGGACGCUCACUAGAAGAAAUAUCUAUGGAACUGGCAAAUAGGUCAUUCAUGUGCCAUUCAAUUUUCUCCUUGGGUAGAAGCAGACAGAAGCUGGUGCCAGUGGAGCUCAAUAUGAACACAACAUAGAUGCCAUUUAGGACGACUGCAAUCCGCAAUUAAUAAUUAAAUAUGCACUUUAAAUCAAUUAACAGUACCCUUUGUUUUAAACUAAACUAUUAAUAAUAGGGAAGUGGUAAUUGCAAAUUUGUAAUUAUCCUUGGAAAAAGAUGCAGAUCAGGCUUAAAGUGGUAGUAAACUCUGUAACCUAUAAUAAGGCUUACUUGUAGGUACUGCGAAUAUCUCCUAAACUUGCACUGUUUAGGAGAUAUUCCAAAUGCAUGCAGCCCGUGACGUCACUGGUCUAUGUCCUCUGAAGGUCCGGCAUACAGUGCCAGACCUUCAGAACCCAUACUAUGAAUGGUGGUUAAUGCUCAUGCAUGGGAGUGACGUCAUCAUGCCCCCAGCCACUCAUGUAGCCGGAGGCCAUGAACCCAGAAAGGCGAUGGAAGCCCUCUUAGCGGUGACAGCGCUGUGCUGAAGGGCUUUGUUUUUAGGCAAGUUUCUCAUGAUGUGAUAGUAUGUGAUGCAUACUAGCACAUUAUGACAUUGCUUUGCAGAGAAACAUUGUUUUCUCCAACUGCGGUUUACUAUCGCUUUAAGCAACAGUCUUGUUAUUUUUGCAGAUUUAUGACUUGCUAUUUAAAGCUAAACUCCAUCAUUACCUUCAGUUAUGCACAGUUGUAUAAGCUCUUUUCCUGUACUGAAAUUGCUUAUUCUGAUUUCACUGCACACUGUAAUAUUCGCACAGUGCACAUUACAAGCUGCAGACAGUCAGAUGAAGCCCUCCUCAUGUGCAGUAUCUUCUAAUGCCCUGUACACACGACCGGUUUUCUCUUCGGAAUAAACUCAGACGGAGUUCCGACGGAAAUCCGCUCAAG